UCCUGCCCCAUUGCACUCGAAACAUGAAAGCUUCCUCUCCGUGAAGGCGCUGAGCAGCUUCCCUAGAGAAUACUUUCUUAUAGUCUAUUCCUCUCCACAGUGUCAGUCGCCACUCAUCUCAUCUCUCACGUUUUCGUCACUAUUUCAUUUUUUUUUAUAGCCUGCUCGAUCCUUUGACUGAAAGAUUACGGGCUCUUUCGCGGCAGUUGCCAGUUUCUUCCUGAUUUUUCCAGAUUAAAAAACUGACCAAUCCUUCGCCAUUCAAUCUUAUUGGGCGAUGAAUGUCCGACCCUGGCAUAAAGAGACGAAUUCCGCUCUUUCUUGAGAGUGACUAGAGGUGUGCCGGUAGGGAAUUCCUGGGGCACGGUGAAAUCACGACCGAAAGAGGAAGCGAGCCAGGCCUCGCCACACAGGUUCAACUUCAACCUCAAGCACAGGAGAAAAACUUUCAUUGACCAACGGGUGACGUGUGUGUGGAUGCGUGUCCAUGUCGAGGGACGCAAUUGAAGUCGUCAAAUUCCCCAACGUUUCAUAAAGUCAACUCCUUGGAACGACGCAGGCUUUUGGCGUGUCCGGCGUUCUAAAUUCCCGAGGCUUUUUAUUGCUCCAACCCGUGUUUUUGUCCGACCUAAAGACGACCCACUUCUCCUUCUUCUUCUUCCUCCUCCUCCUCUUUCUUGUCUCUCUGAGCCAAUUCUUUUCCCGGAGAAAUUCAUAGCUCAUCAGUUAUGAAGCUCCAGCUUUUAUUUCCGAGCUGCUUUUCAGCUUCCAACGCCAUCAUCGAUGGAGGCAUGGAUGGAAUAGAUGGGUUGACUCCUCCGAGUUUCCGAGUGUUCUCUUACAAGGAGAUGAAGGCUGCCACUAUGGGAUUUCACCCUUCGAACAAGAUCGGAGAAGGUGGCUUCGGAUCUGUGUUCAAGGGCCGGCUUCAAGAUGGCACCACUGUGGCGAUAAAAGUGCUCUCUGUUGAGCUCGAGUCGAUGCGAGGCGAGCGGGAGUUCAUCUCGGAGAUCGCGGCUCUCUCUCACAUCAAACAUGAAAAUCUGGUCAGCCUUCGAGGAUGUUGCAUCGAAGGAGCCGAUCGGUUCUUGGUCUAUGAAAACAUGGAAAAUAACAGUGUUGCACACACCAUACUAGGUGAAGAUCAGAAGAGGACGAGAUUCAAUUGGGAGGCGAGGCGGAAAAUUAUGCUCGGGAUAGCACGUGGGCUCGCGUAUCUGCACGAGGAGGUGGAGCCUCACAUUGUGCACAGAGAUGUCAAGGCGAGCAACAUACUUCUGGAUCGAGAUUUCAAUCCAAAAGUUUCCGACUUUGGUCUGUCUAAGAUUCUUACUGGGAGUAUUACUCACAUCAGCACUCGAGUUGCCGGGACAUUAGGUUAUCUUGCUCCUGAAUAUGCCAUUAGUGGCCGCUUGACAAGGAAAUCGGAUGUCUAUAGUUUCGGGGUGUUGCUGCUGGAAAUAAUCAGCGGUCGACGAGUCAUGGACUUUGACUUGGAGUUCGGAGAACAGUACCUUGUUCAAAAGGUAUGGGAAGCGCACAAGCAAGAUGAGCUGCAAAACAUAGUGGACCCGGUUUUAGGUGUGAACGACCACCAGGGACAGGAGGCCGUCAGAUUCAUCAAGGUGGGCCUACUCUGCGUCCAAGAAGCAGCGAGGACCCGGCCCAGAAUGUCAUCGGCGGUUAAGAUGCUGACCGGCGAGGUCGACAUCGACGACAUGAAGAUCACAGAGCCCGGGCACAUCACGGACCUCACGGACAUUCACAUCGGUUCUAACAAGAAUUCGACGCAGAGCAUCUUCUCCAAGGAUUCGGAUUCCUCUGGGACCGCCAGGACCCCCAAAACGGGGGUGUUUUGAGCGGCAUUUAGGGUUGUGUUAGGAUGCUGUCAAUGUUUGGAUGAGGACGACCGAGGAAUUUGUCCUAGGCAAAUCAUUGAAAUCUAGGAUUUGUAAAUAGGAGGUUGAUUGGAUGUCCCCAGGAGUGAAUGUACUUCCACGAAGUGAAAUCAUUGAAUCAUUAUUAUUUUUUCUUUA